AUGUCCCAGCGGUCUCCAUUAUAUGCCAGAGCCAUGAGGAAGUACACUUUAAUGCCAGUGAAUGAAUGGACUUUCCAGCAACAGCAAGGGCAAGCAGCCAUCCUGAUUGGAGUAAAAAAGAAGAUCCACACGUCACUCACCUUCCGGCGGCCCAGGACCCUUCAGCUCCAGAGGCAGCCCAAAUACUCACAAAAGAGGGCACCCAGGAGAAACAAGCUUGACCACUAUGCCAUUAUUAAAUUCUGCCUGACCACUGAGUCAGCCAUGAAGAAGACAGAAGACAACACACUUGAGUUCAUUGUGGAUGUCAAGGCCAACAAACACCAGAUCAAACAGGCUGUGAAGAAGCUCUGUGACAUUGAUGUGGACAAAGUCAUAAGGCCUGACAGAGAAAAGAAGGCAUAUGUUCGGUUGGCUCCUGUUUAUGAUGCUCUAGAUGUUGCCAGCAAAAUUGGGAUCAUCUAA